UCCGCUGUUAAGCGCCUCCCCAUUUCUCUAAACUACAUUAUAAUGCAACCAACCUCCCUUUUAACCACAAACCGAAUUUGCUUUCAUUUAGUCUAUAUAUAUUUCUUAAAUAGGUUAAAGUCAUAGAGAUUUUUUUUUUGGAAUAGCAUUUCGCCCUGGAGCGGUGCGCAAUGCUAUCUCAUGCCGACCUCCUGGAUGCUCGCCUCGGGAUGAAGGAUGCCGCCGCGGAGCUCCUGGGCCACAGGGAGGCUUUGAAGUGCAGGCUCGGCGGAGGGGGACCUGACCCGGGACACUCCGGGGAGCUCGGCCCGGGCCCGGACGGCGUGGAAGGGGCCACGAUGCUCCCGGGUGAUGAUAUCAGCAGCGGCGGAGGAUCCAACACGGUGCAGGUGAACAGCAAAGAUCAGGAGAAGCAGCAGCAGCAGCAGCAGCAGAACAACAACAACAACUCCAACCAGUCCGGAGGGCAGCAGUCCCAGAAACAGAAGCGGCACCGGACCCGCUUCACCCCGGCGCAACUCAACGAGCUGGAGAGGAGCUUCGCCAAAACGCACUACCCAGAUAUCUUCAUGCGGGAGGAGCUGGCUCUGAGGAUCGGCCUGACGGAGUCCAGAGUGCAGGUCUGGUUUCAGAACCGACGCGCCAAGUGGAAGAAGCGCAAGAAGACCACCAACGUGUUCCGGGCUCCGGGGACUCUCCUGCCGACGCACCACGGCCUGCCUCAGUUCCCGUCCGCCGCGGCAGCAGCGGCGGCCAUGGGCGACAGCCUCUGCUCCUUCCACGCCAACGACACCCGCUGGGCCACGGCCGGGAUGCCCGGCGUGUCUCAGCUGCAGCUACCGCCGGCUCUGGGCCGCCAGCAGGCCAUGGCUCAGUCCCUGUCUCAGUGCAGCCUCGGCGCCGGGCCACCGCCCAACUCCAUGGGUCUAUCCAACAUGUCGUCAAACGGCUCCGGGCUGCAGUCACAUCUCUACCAGCCCACGUUCCCCGGGAUGGUUCCCGCCUCCCUAUCCGGCCCGACCAACGUGACCGGCUCGCCUCAGCUGUGUAGCUCCCCGGACAGUGACGUCUGGAGAGGGACAAGCAUCGCCUCGCUGCGCCGCAAAGCGCUGGAGCACACAGUAUCCAUGAGUUUCACCUAGUGCCGAGGUUCCGGCGGGAAGAGCUUUUCUUUCACCCACACAGAGAUCUUCUGCAUUUAGUUCUUACUCACCCAGUCCAUGCAAACGGUGCACCGGGAAAAAUACAACCAGGAUACUUGAUCACAUCACGAACCGCAGAGCUGGCAUUUUUUUCUCCCGCAUCUCAAACCAGAGGGAAAACUGACGCUAUUUAUCAGGCCCGUUGGCCUUUAUCGAGCAUAGGGCUGGUUCUGUUUGAAGCUAUAAUUUAUUAUUUCGCAUGUAGCGUAUGACGACUAUUUAUUUAUCUAUUUAAAUUAACUUAUUGGUUUGUUCAGUAUUUAUUUGUCUGGCUCCUGCAGCCCUCGCUUUUACCGCUGCAGGGCCUUCAGUGACAUUUGCUUGGUGACUGACGGUUUUUUGCAGUGGAUACUUUGAAAUACAAAACUAUAGGUUAUUACAGAUUUCCGUUUUCAAACCUGCUGCACAGCAUGCAACUCUGGAGGGCCAAAGGCACGCGCGGUGCACGUGCAGAGACAAGACAACCUGGAAGCUGAAAAGAAUGAGAACACGAGGAGAUGGAGAGAGGGAGGUGGGGGGGAGUGUUGAGUGGGGGUGAGGAGGGGGGGGGG